AUGAUAUUAUUUGUUGUAUUUCUCACCCAGUUUGUUUAAGGAUGUAAUUUUCGUUGUUAAAGUUGUGAUCCUUAAGAUACCGAGAAAUGUUUGAGUUGUCCACCAACUCGAAAAUUAGUUAAUAAUGAAUGCAUUUGUGAAUAACAUUUUCAAGAAUUGCAAAGCAAUCUGAAAAGCAAGGGUUGCUUUAAAUGCAAUUAGAAUUGCAUAACAUGCAGCUAUGAGAAUCCCAAUAAAUGCUUGAGCUGCGAUGAGGCAAACUCAAAUAGAAUUAUUUUAUUUGAAAGAUGCGAAUGUUCAGAGGGUUAUUAUGAAUCCAAAUCUUAAUACAAUUGUAUUAAGAAUACGGAUAAGAAUUUAUUUGAUUUUACAUUUAAGAUAUCUAAAAAUGGUAAUCCUUAAAAGGAGUAAUUAUAGAAAAUUAAAUAAAGCGAUAGUUCAUCGAAUGCUCUUUUAGUAGAAAUAAUAGAUAAUUCGUAUAUUUUUGAUCCAACCAAAAAAGACACGCAAACUAAAAUAUCGAUUUCACAAUUGAUCAAGGGUCAAUCUUAAAUAAUAUCAGGCAAAGGGACCUUGGAUGGGGAAUAUUUUCCAUAUGUUCAUCAGAACCUGUUUAUUUUGGCUGUGAAACAGUACACUUACCCUCAAAGUUUGACAUGGUAUACUAAUUUUGAUUAAUUUACAUCUUAACCGUUUCAAAGAUUAGUCAAUGGUAGAAAAUAUUAAUUUAUCAUCUUCUAAAGUGUAAAGGACAAUGACAACUUACUUAUUUAUAUAGUGUUCACAGAUGGUCUGCCAAUCGUGAGGAAUAGAAGAAUCUUGGAAUCUAUGAGGUUCUUAGAAGAGAAUAUCUUAUACAUGCAAUAUUUUGGUCUGAUGAUUUAUAAAUCAGAUUCAAUAUUAGGUUUACCAGAUCUCAAUAGAAUAAUAAAUAAUUAUGUUGCUUUAUUGGAGGUUUGUUCUGAUUGUGAAGAUUGCGAAUUCGAUAAUGAGGGGAAUGCAAAAUGUAAUAAAUGUAUGAACGAUUUCUCAUAUAAUGAAUCACUCAAAAAAUGUGAAUGCUAAUACCCUCUAGAUGCUAAUGGGAACUGCUUUAAGAAGUGCAGGAAUACCAAUUGUUAAGGUUGUGUUGACAAUGUCUGCAUUAAAUGUUCAGACAUAACAUAGAACACCUGUGUAGAAUGUGAUCAUGGCUACUAUUCUGAUGGUGAAUUUUGCACCUAAUGUGAUACAAAGUGCAAAACCUGCUCUUCUGCUACUGUUUGUAUUGAUUGUGCAAAAACCUAUUACAUGGAGAAUUCAAUAUGUGUUGAAUGUCAAUCCCCUUGUAAAGAUUGUUUAUCACUCUCACAAUGCAAUUCUUGUGUAAGUGGAUAUUAUCUAUCAGGCAACACGUGUGAUUUAUGUUCAUCCUCAAUGAGCAAGUGUAUUUAGUGUGACACUUAAACGAAAUGCAGCUAAUGUGAACCAGGUUAUUAUCUAGAUACAUCUUCAUUUAAAUGUCUUUAAUGUGCAUUAAAAUGUAAAAGAUGCACAUCUUUUUCGUAUUGCACUUAGUGCUAGGAUGGUAAUUAUUUAGAGGAAACUAUAAUUGGUGUGUAAGCAACUUGUAAUUCCUGUCCCUAAAAAAAUUGCACAAAAUGCAAAAAUUCAAGUUAGUGCACAUCUUGUGUAGUUGGAUAUUUUGAAUAGAAUUACACAUGUUUGAAAUGUGAUUCGAACUGCAAAACCUGUUAUGAAAAAGAAGAUGAAUGUUACUCUUGUUAAUCUGGUAAAGUGUUGGUUGGCAAGACUUGUGUAGUGUGCAAGUCUCCUUGUUUAACUUGUGAUGUCACAGAGGAGACAUACACCAGUUGCAUAGACGAUACCAAUUAUUUAGAUGACCUUAAUAAGUGCAAUAAAUGUGAAGCACCAUGUAAGACAUGCACAUCCAAAGAACAUUGCUUAAGUUGUCUAGAUGGAUAUGAAUUCGAUGAACUUAAUAAAAGAUGCAUCUUUAUGGAUCCUACAACAGUGAAUCCCACAACAUGUAUAAGUGGAUAUGCAAAAACAAUGACUUCGUGUUUAGCAUGUCCUUAAGAAUGCGAGUAGAAUUGCACAAUUGUAAGUGGAACACCACUAUGUAAUCAAUGUAGUGUUGGCUACUAUAUUUCGAGUUCAUCUGUUUGUUAGGCAUGCCAGUCUCCUUGUCAUAGUUGUUAUGAUUCAACUUAGUGCAAGGAGUGCUUGCCGUAUUAUUAUUUGAAUAACGCAAAAUGUUAUAUGUGUAAGUAAGUGAAUUGCAUCUAAUGCAGUGAAAAUAACUGUUUGGCUUGCGAUAAAGGAUAUAAGUUAGUAAAUAAUUUGUGUGUAGCUUGUUCAGCAUCAGAGACAUGUUGUCAGAAAGGACAGUAUGGUUUAAAUUGUAAUCAAUGCAAUAGUGCAUGUACAGAUUGUUUUGGACCUAAUGAUAACCAGUGCUUUGAAUGCCAAAAGGGGUAUUAUUUCAAUGAUUUAACUAAACAAUGUAAGAAAUGUAAGCAUCCUUCUUGUUUAGAAUGCACAGAUUAUAGUACUUGUAUAAAAUGUGCGGAUACUUCAUAUCUCAGUGGGCAUUAAUGUGUGAAUUGUUCAUAUCCAUGCAAAUCUUGUACUUCGUCUUCAUGUUCCUCUUGUGUUGAUGGGUAUUACAUGGAUUUGGAUAAUUCAUGCUAAAUUUGUUCUGCUGAGUGUAAUACUUGCAACAACGUUAGUUCCUAUUGCACAUCUUGCAAGGCGGGCUAUUACUUAUUCAACAAUGCAUGUUAUCAAUGUGAUGCUAAUUGCAUAGAAUGUACUUCAUUUAAUGAAUGUACCAAAUGCAAAUCUCAAUACACUGCAACUAUUGAGAAGAAAUGCUAAUUGAAUAACUGCACGAAUUCGCAAUGCACUCUAUGCUAUUCUCAGAAUACUUGCGCAAGUUGUGCAAUUACUUCAUAUGUUUCUAAUAAUACUUGCUAAUUAUGUGAUGAUAAUUGCAAAUCUUGCGACAACAAUGCAUAUACAUGUACAUCCUGUGAGAAUGGUAAGUACUUGGAUACAUCCACUCAGACUUGCAAAUAAUGUGCUUUACAAUGCUUGACCUGUCAAGUAUCAAGCACUAACUGUAUAACCUGUCAAACCGAUUAUUUCAAAGUAAAUAAUGAUUGUUAGAAAUGCAGUAUCCUUUGCAAAACAUGUGAAUCUGCACCUAAUAAUUGCACAAGUUGUACAAGUGAUAAAUAUCUUUCUGGUGCAGAGUGUCUUCUCUGCUCUCUCGUAAAGGUUGGAUGUAAAAGCUGUACCAAUUCUAAUAUCUGCACUAGUUGCGUCGAAGGAUAUUAUUUCACAAAUAACCAGUGUAUAAAAUGCUCACCAGAAUGCUCAGCUUGUACAUCAGCUACAAUCUGUACUUCAUGUGCAGCAAAUGCUUAUAAGUAUAACAACACAACUUGCAAAUUAUGUCCAAGCAGUUGCACCUCCUGUACAUAUGAUGGCACUAAAAUUAGUUGUUAAUCCUGUGUGGAAAGGUACUUUAAGUCUUAAGACCAAUGUCUUCCAUGCAAACCGCAAUGUCUUAGUUGCGAAGGUAAUGAAAAUAACUGCACUUCUUGUUCGAACAAUGAUGGCAUCAAUACGAAUCAACCAUGUUAAAUAUGUGAACCAUCCAAUUGUAAGGAAUGUUCCAAAUCAAACAAUAAAAUCUGUGUAAAAUGCAUGCCAAAUUACGAAUACAAGUCGAAUCAGUGUGUACUAUGCACUGAUAAUUGUAAAUGUAACAAUGGAUAUUAUUAUGAUUGGGAUCUAUAAAAAUGUAUGGUUUGUGAUUCAACUUGCAAUAACUGUAAGUAUAGUCCUACUAACUGCACAGGAUGCACUUCAUCAUAGUAUUUAAUAGACAACAAGUGUGUCAAUUGCUCAAACCCUUGUCAAUCUUGCAUCAAUACUACUUAAUGUACAAGUUGCAUUACAGGAUAUUUCUUAGUCAACCAUCAAUGUGUAUCUUGUUCGCCGCCUUGCCUGUUUUGUGAUAAUAACUAUUGCAAAUCCUGUUAAGAUGGAUACUUCUUAGAUUCCUCUUCUGAGUGUUAAUCUUGUAGAUAUCCUUGUGGCACUUGUUCAUCCCUCACAAUCUGUCAUUCGUGUAUUUCAUCUCGUUAUUUCUUAAAAGAGAAUCAAUGUUAAAAUUGCGAUUCGCUCUGUACGGAAUGUGAUGAGAUUGGAUGCACUAAAUGCAAUGCAGGAUAUUAUCUUAAAGACAGCACUUGUAUAAGAUGCUCUGACAACUGCAUAGAAUGCAAUGAAGAAAAGUGUAUUAAAUGCAACUCACCCUAUGUACCUGAAUAGAACAUUUGUGUUAGUUGCUAGCCUCAUUGUAAGUUUUGCAACAGUCAACAGUGUCUAUACUGUCAGGAAGAUAACUAUUUAAAAGAUGGAGAAUGUCAUCCAUGUUAAUCAAACUGCACUUCAUGUACAGAAACUUAAUGUUUAUAAUGCAAAUCCAAAUUUUACAUCUAAAAUUCAACCUGCAUCUCCUGCAAACCCAAUUGCUAAUAUUGCGAUUCAUAAACCUGUCAAUAAUGUGAUGAUGGGUACUAUCCUGUACAAAAAGAAUGUCAUAAAUGUACAGACAAUUGUUUAUAAUGUACAUAAGACCUUUGUUUGGUUUGUUAGGAUGGUUAUUAUUAUUCUAUGGGGAGAUCUUGCAAUAAAUGCCAAACACCUUGUCUCAAUUGCUUUGCAGUUGACUAGUGUUCCACCUGCGUGUAAUCAUACUACUUAAAUUCUGAUCAUAAAUGUAUGAAGUGUCAAGAAGGAUGUCAACAAUGUACCAGUGGGUAAGAUUGUACACUCUGUGGGUAAGGUUAUUACCUAGAAAUUACUCCCAUUAAUAAGUGUACAAAAUGUAAUGUACUUAAUUGCAACAGUUGUCAACAUUAAGAUUAAUGCAAUUCCUGCUUAGAUGGGUACUUUUUAAAGGACAAUCAAUGUGAACAGUGUUCAUCUGGAUGUCUUAAAUGCAUUAUCUCUAAUGAUCCUGAUAUUGGACUAUCAACUUGUUUGGAAUGCGAUUAAAAUGUUGCUAAUUUUGAUCGCUUAGAAAAUGGAAGAUGCAUUCUAUUUAGCAUUUGCAAUCAAAUACAAAUGUUUGAAAAUGAAGAAGGAGUUUGUGAAUAUUGCAUUGAUAAUUGCAUAUAAUGCUCGUCUAAAAAUUCCUGCGAUAUGUGCACUUUAUAAUAUUCGUAUAAUUCUGAUUCACAAACUUGCGAAUAAGUCAUUGGUGACCCUACAACACCUGAAAUACCAAUUAUUGCAACCAUAAUUCCAUCUACAUCCAUAUUCUUUGUAGCAACUUAUUUUUGGUGGAAGAAAAAAGUAAAUCCCAUUAAUCAAAUUUUGGAAAUAAUAUAUUAAGAUCAAUAACAAUGAAGAG